UUCAAUAUGAAGCUGCUCGUCGUAUUCGCUUUAACUCUGGCCUACGCCUCGGCUUCGGUGCUUCACGGCUUCAAUUCCUUAGAGGAUGAUACCAAUGUUGGCAUCAUCCAUGGACAUAAUGCUGCGCCCGGACAGUUCCCCUACCAAGUUCAACUACUUUUACCAGGCGGCUUACAGUGUGGCGGCUCCUUGAUUAGUCAUCGUUGGGUUCUGACCGCCGCUUACUGCACAGAACACUACGAUAAUAUCACAGUUCGCUUGGGUAACAAUCUAAAAUCUACCCCGCGGGUAACGUACAUUGUUAGUAAGAAGGACAUCAUCAUUCACGAAGACUUUAACAGUAAUGAGCUUAAUGACGAUAUCUCACUUAUCCGCAUUCCAUACGUUAAAUACAACAGCUAUAUUAAUGCUGUAAAGCUACCUAAGAUCAAUAGAUCCUAUCCCUCCUAUGCUGGGAAGAAAGCUUACAUUACGGGCUGGGGAGCGACCUCGUUUGAUUCCACCCAUAAACCCGAAAUACUCCAGUACGCCAAAGUAGGGAUCAUAAGUGCAAAAGAUUGUAAGAAGAAGUAUGAUUUUCCGAGUUCCUUCAUCUGUGUCUCAGUCGCCUCAGCCGAAACUUGGGAAGGCGAUACUGGCAUCCCAUUAGUGGAAACACGUAGCUCGGUACAGAUCGGUAUAUCCUGCUAUGAUAGUCCGGAACCGAAACGCAAACACCCCGCUAUAUUCACCCGAGUGACUAGUUACCUCAAAUGGAUCAAGUACCACACCGGACUCCCUUUGUGAUACAUAUGUUGUUUUAAUGAAGGCUAAUACUCCUUUUAAUUAUAUAGCAAAAUUCCAAUCAUUCGGAAAUUCAAGUUUUUGAAGUCAUUAUUAUGCAUUUUAUUAUUUGGUUGCAUUGUUAUUAAAAAAUUAAAUAAAAAUU